UUUGUGGAACGUUUUGCGCGAAGGUUAGCAAAGGGUUAUGUAGUGGAAUUCUAGCUAAUUCUGAAGCAAAACGAGGUUUAAAAGAUCGAGAACUUAAGCUGACCACCCUUAUGUGAAAAAGAAAGAUACCUAUUUAACUAUUAUUCCGAUCACCACAACCCAGAAUGUCGAUAACACAGAAUGCAAUAUUGGAGAAGAAAAAUUCAUUGCACAGGACUCCACCACCAAAGGCCCCACAGGCUGUAAAAAAGGCAUCACCCCCAAGGAACAACAAGUUCCAAAAAAGGAGUGAUGAUCCAUCAGCUAUUGCCCAGUUAAUUCCUUCUAUAAAACUGAGGAAAACUGGCUUCCGUGACAGCUUGAUCGCAGAAGACAUUGAUAACAAAAACACUGCAAAUGCUGAUGAGCCGACAAAUGAACUUCAAAGUCUCAUGGCCCGAAGGAGAGCUAUGUUUGAGCACAAAGAAGAGGAGGAGAUGAAACCAAAACCAAAACCGAAGCCUAAACCACUUAAACCAGCCCCAGAAAAUAUCAAGCAGGAAGAGGACAAAGAAAAUGAGACUAAACUACGUUCAGAUUCUGGCAGAGGUGUUACUGACGAGAGCAAAGAUAUUUUAACUGAUUCAAAUAAGAAAAUUGUUUGCCAUGAUUCUAGGGGAGAGCCAAAGCUCUGUGUUUUGCCAACACUUGAAAGUCUUGGGAAACCGCCACCAAAGUGUCCUAAACCUGAAAAUUUAAUGAAGUUAUUGGAGAAUUAUGACAGCAAUAGAAUUGUGAUGUCACCACGACGAAACACGUUGAAUAGGCUGGAGAACAAUAGCAGCUUGGAUCAUAGUAUUGCAGAAGAGGAAGAUGAAGGAGAAGAGUAUGAUGAUGUAGAUGAUGAUCUUAAGGCUCAGAUUCUGGGCAGAAAUGAAGCUGAACAGGAAAAGGAGACUACAGCAGAGGAAGGAAUUAUGGAGGAAAACUAUGAUGAUGUUGAUGAGAUGAAAGCAAAAGUUGAGGAGAUAAAUAAUGCAGAAGCAAAAAAUACUGAACCUAUCUGUGACGAGAGCUACGAUGACUUAGACGCUGUGGCAGAGCAAGCUCGUGAACAUUUACAAAAUGAUUUUGCCGUUGAAGGGGAAAAAUUUGGAGAAGAAAUGUAUGAUGCAGUGGGGACUAGCCUUAAUGGACAGCCAGAGGUGAAAGAAGAAGAGGCUUGCGACUCUCCUAUUGAAAACAAAUAUUCACCUUCAGCAGUCCCCAGCAGUGCAAACAAAGAGAAAGGCAAGAAAGAUCUCAAGAAGGAAAUGGAAAACCAGAAAAAGAAAGAAAGGUUAAAAGCUGGAGCUGAAGGCAAUGGUGUUGGAGAAGCUAAGAGAAACUUUACUGGUGAUGGAAAGUUUGAACUGCCAGUGAAGGAAGGGGAGACACUGGUUAUUAUCAGUGAAAAAGGAUGUCCUCAAGGAAAAUGGCUUAUUAAGAACCCUGAAGGACACUUGGGUUACCUACCUACAGACCUCAUUCAACUCAAAGUUGACAGUGAAGGAAAUCGAAUAAGUGCAAUUAUAACAGAAGACUUCUAUGAAGAUGUUGACCAAUAUCAAAGUGCAACCAAAAUAGAAGAAGAAGAGGACGACCAAGAAGUUUAUGAUGACAUAGCGGCUGGGCAAGAACCCAUUGAUGAAGACUUGUACGAGGAACUUCCAGCUGAUCACAGUGCAAACAAAGAGAAAGGCAAGAAAGAUCUCAAGAAGGAAAUGGAAAACCAGAAAAAGAAAGAAAGGGAAGAACAGAAAAGGAGAAAGGAAGAAGAGAAAAGAAGAGAAAGAGAGGGAAAAGAAGAAAAAAGAAGGAAAGAAGAGGAGAAAAAGAGAAGGGAUCGGGAUGAUAAAGAGCUUCGAAAAAAACACAAGUUAAAAGCUGGAGCUGAAGGCAAUGGUGUUGGAGAAGCUAAGAGAAACUUUACUGGUGAUGGAAAGUUUGAACUGCCAGUGAAGGAAGGGGAGACACUGGUUAUUAUCAGUGAAAAAGGAUGUCCUCAAGGAAAAUGGCUUAUUAAGAACCCUGAAGGACACUUGGGUUACCUACCUACAGACCUCAUUCAACUCAAAGUUGACAGUGAAGGAAAUCGAAUAAGUGCAAUUAUAACAGAAGACUUCUAUGAAGAUGUUGACCAAUAUCAAAGUGCAACCAAAAUAGAAGAAGAAGAGGACGACCAAGAAGUUUAUGAUGACAUAGCGGCUGGGCAAGAACCCAUUGAUGAAGACUUGUACGAGGAACUUCCAGCUGAUCAGUAAUAUUAUUGCAUUGUGAAAACUCAUCCCUAGUCUCCUCCGCAGCCGUUAUUUGAAAUCGUCACGCAACGCUUCUCCGAUGCGUGAUGACCUAAAUAACGACUGCAAGAGACUAACUGAGGGGUUCCCAAGAUGAUCAGUGUGUGUCACUGGUCUUCAUCCUGCAGAUUUUAUCUACUAUUGUACAAUGUACAGAUGAAUAUUUUAGCCAUUUGAUAUUAAUAUUUUUCUUAAUAUUUUUCUUAUAAGAAUUGAAACUCAAAUUUGUUGACACGUACCUCCCGGGGUGGGUCAGAAAAGUGCACACGGGCUAUAAGCUUGUCAGCUGUUUAUGGUGAUCUCACGCAAUUCUAAAAGAGAGGUGACAUCACGCAAUAUCGAUGAAUGUCUCGUGACAACCCAAGUAACGGACAGCCAGAACGAGGGAAUAAACGUUCUUAUAUCCAAAAUUUUGUCAUUGAAUGUGGUAAGGAAAAAAAGAAAUAGAAUUUAACGCUUUUAAGUUACUUUAGGAAAUAGUGUAUUUUUCUAAAUACACAUUCGAAGAGCAAGUGUAUUUUUUUUACAAAAAUAUGUUACAAAUGAGCUGAGGGGCGAACCAAUUUGUAUACUGCGAGUAAUUUACUAAAUAAAGGAAGGGAUCUUAAUGGAUUUGGAGAUUAUAAAUUGAAAUAUAUUGUACUUUUGCAGUUACAUGUAAGACAGCAAGGGAAAAUCAGUUAU